UAAUAAGCUAAGCUAAUAAAGAAAGUUGAUAUAUAGUUAGGACCUAUUCCAGCUGUUUCUUCUAUCAAAAUUGUACCUCAUUAUGCACCACCUGAUUCUAUUAUCGUCACAGUUAAAUCUCUUGAUAACAAAUCAUCAAUACCUGUUACAUUAAUACAUCAUCCUAUUCAAUCUAACAUCUAUUUUGCCCCUGUUCAAUUUGUGAUGGAAGGUGAUUGGAUACUUGAAACCAGAGUUGAAUUUCGUUCUUAUUUCUGGAAACAGCCCAGUUUACAUCGCUAUUUACCUUUAGACUUCAAAUCAUCCAAUCAACUUACUGUUACUUCAACAAAUGAUAUAAAAGUAUCGCAUAAGACACGUUGUAUUGGAUCAGCCACGAAAGGCGUAUGGCAGUUAAUAAGCGGGAAACAUGUCUUUAUGCCUUCCUGUCAAUUGUUUGAUGUUCGACGUGAUGACUGUCCACAAUUACCAAAGGUGAUACAUGCAUGGGGUGAUUUCCAUCUAAAACGUAAUAUUUUGUCUAUGAAGAAAGAAAUGAUCAUGUCUUCAUCAUCAUCACCACUAGAAGAUAAUGAUGUUUCUUUUUGUGAUGAUACUCACUAUUUUUAUGAAGACGAAGAAGUUUCUUUUUUGUCAUCUGCCUUAGUAGAUAAACCAGUCUUAUUGAAUAAUAAUACAAUGGCAGUGUACUUUGGUGAUAUGUCACAUGUUAAAAUCACUGAAGAAGCCAUGUUGCAUCAUCGAUGGAAGUUGAACAUCUUACAGAUUGCACGUCGAUUGCCUAAACCUAAUGUUGUAAUAAUUGGAACUGGCAAUGAGGAUCUAUCAUCUGGACAGCAAAACCCUAUUGAGUUUGCAAAAGCCUUUUCAUCCUUUUUAGAAUUUAUUGUAACUGAAAUAUAUAAAAAUGUGUCUAUUAUAGUCAAGACAACCCAAUAUGCAACUCAUGGUUCAAAAGGAUGGAAUUAUGGACGAAGUCUUGCUUAUUCCAAUAUUAUUCGUUCAACUGUUGCCAGUUUAGUAGCUCAAGAUAAACAGGUCAUGCUAUGGGAUACGCAUCAAAUUGGAUUUAAAGAAAAUGAAUGCCAAUCAAAAGGAUUCAUUUCAAAUCAUAAUGUACUUGAAAUUGAAAAUAAUUUACUUUUCCAGCUACUUUGUUGGUAAUAAUCAAUAUCACGUGCUUUAAAGAAAUUUAACACUUUUUUUUUUCUCAUCAUUUCUUCUUUCUAUCUCUCUUUUUCUCUUUCUCUCUCUCUCUCUCUUUUUUUUAUAUAUAUUGAUAUUCAUAUAUAAAACAUGAUACGGUUUUUUUUAAUUGUAAAUAAAUCCUGUCAAACACGUUUUUCUAAAUAUUUUUAUGACUUGAAUUGUAAAGAUCGUCCUACCUUUGAAUUAGAAAUAGCAAGACAAUGUAUAACUCGUAAAUCAAACACAGUAAAAUAAAAAUAGAAUUCUACUUUAUAUAUACAUUCUUAGUAGAUUAUUAUAGACAUUAUUCUUUAGGACAAAAGAAUAUAAAAUAGGUUAUUUUAUUAUCUCUUAGGGAAAGAUAAAUAAUCGGAGUGUUAAUAUUAUUUCCAAAAUAGUUUAUAGAGUUUAUGCGUCAUUGUAUUUUAUCAUUGGAUGUGAUUUUGAAGAUG